GCCUGAAGUGGAAGAGUUAACUUAAUGUGGGGGGAGGUGAAAAUUGACAUUCUUUUUCCUAGCCUGCCUGGGUUGCAGAUCUCUCCAGCACUGUACUUGGGAUUUUACAGGGUAUUUUAAAGUCAUCUGGAGCAGGUGUUGGGAAGUGAGAUUUUUUAGAAGCUGUGUAUGCAGCUUCUACAUCAGAUGAGCUAAAAAAGAAAACAUAAUGGAGAAAUAUGUAGCCUGAAGUUGGAGCAAGUUCAGCUCUGGAUGUCUGCUGUGGGAUGUACAUUUCCUUUGAUUUGGCCUAUUUUUAACUUUUUUUUUCUAGGCAGUGUCAUUUGACUCUUGUUUUGAACGUUUCUUUUGCCCCCCAAGUUAAAGAGGCGGUGUCCAGUUAACCAAAAAUUUGACAGAAAUUUGCUUUUAAGAUCAUAUCAAACAUUUCUUUAGCUGAAAGAGGGGUGGGUGGAAGGAUGCAGAUUAGUUUCUAUGAUAGCUUUGCGUCCAGUCACUUUCAUUUUUCCUCUGUAUAGCUUGUGGCCCGUUCAACUCAAACUGGCUUCAGUAGAAAAUAAAUCGGAUCUUCCACAUGAAACUUGCAUGCAGCAGUGGAGGGAGACAGGUGCAUGCACAAAUAGGAAAACUGAAUUGUAAACCACAGCUUGGAGUGGUGUAGGGCACGUUACCUGAAGGUACAUCUGACUUUCUUUUGUUGAAGAUGGUUAGAUUUCAAACUGAUAGGUUUCCUUCACUGCCAAUUGUUGGCUGCCUUUUAUAGAAGGAUAAGUGAUUCCGGCUUAUAGAAUGGAAUAUGUUAAGACUGUUUCAGUGGAAUCUUGUAGACUGUAGCGAUUCUUCUGGGUCUCUAUUAACGUAGGUAUUCAUUAAAAGAUUCUGCUUCAAAAGUUGUCCUAGUGCUUGGCAGAGUGAAGAAUCUAAGUUCUUGAUUUUGGUCAAUAUGAAAUGUGGUAUCUGUUUCUGAGCAUGUUUAUUGGGUGAUAUUAGGCGAUGGCCUGGUCUAUCUAGCAAUGAGUGAGAAGCUGGAGAUCUUUCUACUAUAGUUUCAAGCUAAGGUCAAGCUUUGACAGGUCUGCCACUGCUGUCAGCUUGGCCUAGUCCACAUAUCUGGAAUGGAAAUCCUGAAACACAGUUGAGCACAAUAAAGUGGCAGUGGCUCUUCUAGGCAAGCCAACUAGAGGCACUUUUUGUUUUCCUUCUGUAAGAGUAUAUAGGUACCGUCUGUGUACAGUGGACAGGUAUUUAGUUAGUGCACGUAUGGUUAUAGUGUUCUCUGUUCACUCCCCAGUGAUGGGUGCUGCUCUUUGUUUUUAGCAUUUAAAAAAAAAAUAGGUAAGUAUUUUUUGCAACGGAUGGGAAAGACGCUAAAAAUUUUUCCAGGAAUGACUGUAUUUGGUCUCUUUCCACUAGCUAAAAAAUGAGUAGAUAAGAUCUGAGAAGAAAUGAAUACAGCAUUAAGAGAUGAAUCCUGUGCAUGUGGCAAAAUGCAAACAAACCGCUGUUGGGCUUGGGUUGUAAAAAUAGUUCAGCAACUAACAUAAAUAUCUCUUUUGCCCAUAAACUGGUUACCACUCAGCAAAUUGUUGUAAAGUGUUCCAGGACAAAAAAAAUCUGCAAUGCCAGAGAGAAGGCGUUCCAUUCAUAAAGUUGUCUGGGUAAUAAGGAUCUUUAGCUUUGGAUAUCUCUUGAACAUGGCGUGUUUAUGACUUAUGGCCCUGCAUAUUAAAAUCCUAAAUUCAGUGUAGAGCGUAUGUUGGACUGAAAGGUUAUAAGCAAUUAUAAUUCAGAGGCAGAGAGGGGCCAACGCUUAAUUUUUUUCCUCUGGGUUUUAUCCAGAGAAGUCAGGUGGGGAAACUGGUGGAAGUGAAAAUGCAUGUUUUCUCUCUCCAGCCUUUUAUGGAUGCCUGGUAGGAAGAACUUACCUUUCAGUUACAUGUCAGAAUAAUGUGCAUCCAUUUAAAUGUUCAGCGAAGAAAUAUGGACCUUUCAUUUUCAGUUUAAAUCAAACAUCUUGUGAUUUUUAAAUUGUCUGGAAGUAGAAUGUUUGCAUUUCGGAAGAGAUCAUUUGAAACCAUGUGAUUAGGAAACAAAUGAAAGGAGCCAUGUCAGAACUUCUUACUUGCAACUCAAAGGGGGAAAAGUUGGCUUGCCAAAUCAAGAUCCACCUAUUGUGAAAUUUUGCUAACGAAGUGUCUACGCUUGUUGCUAGCAAAAGUUAGAAAUAUCAAAAACAACAAGUUUGAAGUUCCUAACUCUGCUUGGCUUACAGAUGAGCUGUUUCGGUACCAAGGUGUGGAGAAAACACAAUGGAAAUGAGCCAUCUUUGUUAAGGCACAAGAUAAAUCAGAUUGAAGGCUUCAGAUGCGCACAUCAGGCCUUUGUCACACCAAUAAUGUUUCUCCCUUCCAGCUUUUGGUCCCACGGUCCACGCACAACGAAAUGGAAAAGAACAGGCGUGCUCAUCUACGGCUGUGUCUGGAGAAGCUGAAGGGGCUGGUACCACUUGGGCCUGAAUCCAAUAGACAUACCACACUGAGUUUACUUACAAAAGCUAAAUUGCACAUAAAGAAGCUUGAAGACUAUGACAGAAAAGCAGUACACCAAAUAGACCAGUUGCAGCGAGAGCAGCGGCAUCUGAAAAGGCAGCUGGAAAAACUGGGCAUAGAAAGAAUAAGAAUGGACAGUAUAGGAUCCACGAUGUCAUCAGAACGGUCAGACUCUGAUAGAGAAAUCGAUGUGGAAAGCACAGACUACCUAAUGGGAGAUCUAGACUGGAGCAGCAGCAGUCCGAGUGACUCGGAUGAAAGGGGAAGCAUGCAGAGCAUCUGUAGCGAUGAAGGAUACUCCAGCUCUGGCAUUAAAAGAUUAAAGUUGCAGAACAAUCACAAGCCUUGUCUCAGCCUAUAAGAAGCAACUCCAGUAGCUGUUCCAUCCAUUGCUGUUUCCCUGUUGGAUCUUCUUAGGUAGUAUGUUGGACCGUCCCACAAUUCUCUUGCACGUAAAUUUAAUGUACCAACAACAUUACCAAAAUCAGCUUUGCCUAAGUCCCAAAACAGUGCUUAGGGUUGUGGGUUACAAGCUACUCUCUGGAGCACACAUCUGAUUGCAUCCACUAGCUUCUCUUUCCGUCAGUAAACUCAUCUCUGUGAGACUGUACAUUCCAACAAAAUUUUGAAGCAUCCAAGAAUCUUUUUGCAGUAAUAGCAACUUACAAAAACCUCUACUUUUUCCCUCUUCAUUGUUUUGCCUUGCUGUAAUUGCCUAGUACUCUAAAUCUACCUUGUCUUUGCCUAGUGACAAACGUAUCUCAAGUGUCUGAGCAUAAUUGUUUGGACUAUAAUAUGAAGGGUGAACCUCAACUGUGUUCUAGCUUAGAUCUGGAAAUGGGUGGAGUGAACUUUCAAAGUGAUAUGCGGAGCGUAUUGGCUUUGUCAGCCCUCUGGUACUCCUGAGAAGUAUGCAGCAAUAUCCCAGGCAUCACUUUGAACAGUUGGUUCUUAAAUGUUCAGAGUGCUGUGUUUGUAUUUGUGUAGCCAUGUAACUGUAUUUCUGGCCCAGUCCUGUUGUCUUAAUUGGAACUUGCACUGACUUUCAGUUUCAGAUCCUGCAGUAGAGCAGUCCUAUCUAGCAAGAAUAGUCCUAUCAGAAUUGAUCUCAAACUGGCAACUCAUACACGCCAGUGGGGAUUUUAACUGCUACAGGACUGUGGGACCGAACUUGUGAGGUUCUUGGCACAUUCUGUAAAUUGCAAGCAGUCUUCUGAGCUGUAGGACCUUGGCAAGGCAAGUACUGCUCUGUCUCUUGAAAGUACAUCUGUUUUCCACAUUUCCAAGUUUCUUUAAUACCUAAAACCAAAUGGUACUAUUUCUCCAGUGCAAUUCAUGACCUCAUUGCAUUACAGCUGCAUAUUACUGUUCUAGGCAAGUUUUCCUAGAAGUUUGUUCAUGCUUCUUGUCUCUGGGACAAUUUUUUUCUACCUCAGAGAGAUGAACAAAGAUUAUCUCAAUCCCUUUAGCACAAAAAUAAUUAUGCCUCAUUUGUUUUUAGAUAAGUGAUGCUCAGUCCUGUUGAAAUCCAUUUUCCUAUAAAAUUUAGCAAUAACUGAAUGAGGAAGGUAGCUGUGCUAUCUUCAGUUGUCAGUGAUUGAAAAGGGCACAUUUUACAGGAUGUUGCUAAUAGUACGUUACUACGAUUAUUCAGUGAAGUGCUAUUGGCAUUAAAGCACUUCCUCACCUCGUUGAAGUAUUUUUAGGCGCUCUAAAUCUGGUUCAUUAAGGAUUUUGCUUGCCAACUAAAAACUAAUAUUUUUUUUUCCCAGGCUGUGGUUUCAAACCUUGCAACAUUUUCAUUUAAGCUAAAUAGAGCACAUGUAAAUGUACAUAAAACAUGAUCUAUAAAUAGUAUUUAUUCAUUUUAUAUGAAACUAAUGUAAUGGAGAUACAUUCUUAUGACUUUGUGCUUUUAUAGUUGUUCUGGAAACUUUGUAUGUAGAGGUCUGCUAACUG